AUGUAUCACUUUAUGCUUGAACCUGAUAUAGACUCCAGCUGUAAAAGAUACCCAUUUAUAUGUGAUCAUAUCCCAGAUGUGCGACAUCUUGGUUCCAAAGACAAAGCCUUCGCAGGAGUGUCGCGCGCGCCUACUGAGAAAAUUGAGGCCUAUAAGAAGAAGCCAGGAUGGAAGUUGCCAUGGGUAUUAAGCUACGGGAGCGAUUUUUAUUAUGACUUCCAUGUCACUUGGGAUGAGAGCGUCACACCGAUUGAAUACAACUUUAGGACCAAGGUCGAACCAUUAAGCCCAGGAGACUUUAAGCGGAACUACGGUUAUGGCGCAACUGAGGCAUAA